AUGGUGACCGAAGUGGAGGUCAAGAGGUAUGCUGCCAAGCAUUACGAAAUGUUUAGGCAUUACGUAGAAGUUCCAAAAGCAUUACCUCAAAUUUACAAGAGCGUCAAAGUUAUCCAAGGAGACGGAGAUUAUUCAGGCUGUGUCAAGGAGUGGGACUAUGUUUCUGCGGGUAGUCCAUUAAUUGUGGAAGAGCAAACAACAUACAUGGACGAAACAAUGACCGUCUGUCACAACAUGGUUGGAGGAGCUUUGAAGAAGGACUACAAGAAGUUUAAUUUAAUACUGGCAGUUAGUCCAGACUCCAAGGAUGACAGAUGUGGGGGUAUUGUGAGGUUUUCUAUUGAAUAUGAGAAGAAUAACGAGGAUUCUCCAGCUCCAGUUGCUUAUAUAGCUUUGUGCCAAAAGAUCAUCGAAGGCCUGAAUUCUUACUUUUGCUCUUCUAAGUAA